AAAAUCGACUCUCAAAAUUGUAUUUUAACACCUCUAGCAAAAACAGUGUAACCCGCUCUUUUGAAUCCUAAAAAUUCACCAAUAUGACUAGUGAAGAAAGGACUUUAGAGGAGUUAUUAAGAGAAAUUCUACGACUUAAUUAUGAUAAGCCUAAAAUUUGUGAUUUAGUAAAUGAAGGAAUUUUGAGCGUUCAAGUAAAUAAAGUUAUGAAAGCUUUUGAAAAUGAUUCGGAAGUUUUUCCACAAGGAAAUGAAAUUAAGCAUUGGAAUAAAGUGAAUAUACGAAAUUGGGCAGAUUCUAUAAAAGGAACAGAAAUUACAAAGAAUCCAGAGUUUUUAGAAGAAAUGAUAGCAGUUCUUAAGAGGACAAAUUUCCUUUAUUGUAAGCAUAAUCUGAGAAUAACACAAGUUUUAGCUAUAUUACUCUUUGUGUCACCAAAUGAACAAGGAAGAUUGUUACAAAUAUCAACAGGAGAAGGAAAGACUACCAUAUGUGCUAUGCUCGCAAGUAUUAAGGUAUUGCAAGGAGAGAAUGUGGAUAUAAUAACAAGUUCCCCUAUUUUAGCGAAAAGAGAUGCUGAAGAGAGAGAAAGUUUCUAUAAAAUAUUAGGAAUCAGUUGUGGGUCUAAUGAAGGCGAAGACUAUUCAUUAAGCAUAGUAGAUGGUCGUAAUGGAAUUCAAUUAGAAACAAAUAAGAACUGCUAUUUUAAAAAUAUAGUAUAUGGGGAUG